CAUGAGGAUGUACAAACAAUCAGGAGGAGACAAGCUUAUGGCUCUCGGCAGCGCUGUUGAUCCACAUAGUGUGAAGCCGUUCCAUCCUGAUAUGCAACCAGAAGGGAAACCCGCGUGUGGGCCGGAUAACGGAGGCUGUCUAAUCUGUCUCCCAACUGUCAGGAAUGGCUCGAGACACAGCUUCCGGUGCGCAUGUCCAGAUGGACUGUCCCUUGGUGACGAUAAGAAGACCUGUCGUACGCCAAAGGCAUGUAAAGCCGGAUACGAAGCCGUGGAGGGUGGCUGUAAGGAUGUGGACGAGUGCAGCCAGCCGGGUUCCUGCUCCCACACCUGCCACAACACACCGGGAAGCUUUACUUGCACCUGUCGCCAUGGAUUCAUCCUCGUCAACGGAACUCGGUGUCGACAUGAAGCGCAAGGUCCUGCUCCCGCCUUACUUGUCGUGGACUGGCGAAGACUCCGUAUGAUAGACCAACUAGACUCCCCCACCCCACGGGUGGUCAACAUUCGUCGCCAUGCGGCCAUGAAGCGAGCUGUCGCAGUAGAUGUGGACCAGGAAAUCGGGCGUAUCUUCUGGGCAGAUCUCAUGUCACAUUCCAUUAACAUGGCCACUCUGAAUGGAAGCACUCUGCUAUCACCAACUGUACUGGUUACCUCCGGGAUAAGAUUCCCCGAGAGCGUGGCGUAUGACUGGCUACACAAGGCUCUGUACUGGGUGGACGCAGAGGAUGGUGCCAUCAGGGUGAUCACUCUGGAGACCAGCCUCACCAGGACAGUGCAUAGACAUCUGGAUAGACCACGAGCCCUAGCGCUUGAUCCAAAUGAAGGACGCUUGUACUUGAGUACUUGGGGGAAGACACCGAGUAUAGAGACGAGCGGGAUGGACGGGUCAGGGAGGACGGCUAUCAUCACAACCGACAUCGAAUGGCCAAAUGGUUUGACUAUAGACUAUGGUGAACGGCGUUUAAUGUGGACUGACGGGAGCAUAGGUGUUGUCUACAGCUCCGACAUGGACGGCAGUAAUCGAAGAGUACUAUUUUUCAGCCAUAGUGAACAACAUCAACAUAUGUUCUCUGUGGCUGUUAUAGAGGAUUACGUCUACUGGACAGACUGGAGCCGACGGACACUCUCCAGAGUCCUCAAGACUGGUGGUGGCAUGAGGACAUAUACCACGGUGGCGUUCAGAAGACCAGUAGAUGUCAAGGUCAUACAUCGUUACACACAACCCAAAGGCACAAACCGAUGUGGCAUCAAUAAUGGUGGGUGUUCCCACAUCUGUUCACCUGCUGCUGGCGGGAGAAUGUUCACCUGCCAGUGCCCGGAUCACAUCGACGUCGGCCCCCCGUGUCUGGAUCCUGCUUAGAGAUAUACUUCAAAUACACAGUUAUACACGAUGCCGUGUAACGUUAUAAGAAUUUAUGAUUCGUUGGGAAAUAUCACUUGAGUGUGAAGCAUGUGAUGUUCAUUUACACGCGCACCCCAAUAAACAUUUAUCUCACCAGUA